AUGCAAUCAGAACCCACUCUAUUCAUGGGUCAUCCCGGAGGUAUAAAUUCUGCAACAACAGGAAGCAUGGCAACAACAACCACCACCGCCGACCCAACAUCAUCAUCAACAACCAUCAUGACCGGAGCCACAACAGAAACCACAGGAUUUGGCUCUACCAUUAAUGACAAGAGCAGACUCAUCGUAGAUCGUGCUUCCAAAAGAAUUACAGCCAUUGAAGAUAGUGUUAUUAGCAAGUACGAUGCAUUACAAGGUCACAAACACCCAAAACUUUUCGUCAGAAUUUCCAUCAUUUGUGUUUUAUUGUCAAUUCUAUGUUUUUGCAUAUGGAUUCUCACAACACCAACCGGAUAUCCAUGGUUUAUUCAUAUUGUCUGGGUCUCUGCCUUGAUCAUUGGAGUUUUAUUAAUUCAAGGCUCUCCAAAUUAUUCAGACAAGCCCUUCGCAUUUCAUACUCUCUUCUUUGUGACAACAUCUGUGCAAUUAGUAAUCAUGAAUGAGCAUACACCCUCCAGCUACCCAUGGUCAGUAUAUCCAGUUGCAGUGCUGCUUCUCGCUUAUUUACUUCAUGGAAUGGUCGCCAAGUUUAGACAAUAUCUCAAUCACUUUUAUAUCCAUCUAUUGUUCUAUUCAGUCAUUAACUUUGUGAUUUUUGUCACUUAUUGUUACACAGUUCAUGAUUUUCCAUGGUUCUUGAUUGUGAUUGGAGCUUGGACUGUGAUUUUGUUGGCUCAUCUUGCAAUUUGGAAGGCCUUGACAUUCAAACUCUCAAAGAACAAGAAUCAACCAACAGAGACUUCUUCCAAUGGUAAUGUCACUGCUAGUACUCAACCAACCACUCAGGUACCCAUUCAAAAUUAUGCCCAAUCCGUGGUUCCACCACCACAGCAACAACCAAUAUUUAUUCCUUCUCAAGCUUCAUCCCAACCAUUACCUCAAGCUCGAGCAAGCCAAAUAGACACUGGCUUUAGUGGUGAAAUUGACCCAACAUUCCAAACCAGUGGACUGGAGGAUCAUUUUGAUGAAAAUCAAUUCUUUGACGAGGAUGAAAUUGUUCCACAAAAGAAGAAGGGAAUGUAUGAACAGGUGUAA